AUGACUCCCCGUCACAUAUCCUCUGUUGGAUUAUCAUUUUUCAAGGCGCGCGGCUACGCAACAACUGCAAAACCGCGUCGCCUCAACGUCCCGAUCGACUUUAAAACUACUCCGUUGCUGCAUCAUUCCCCGAGGACAUUCCAGAGCAAUGGAAUUCCCGAUGAAGGGCCGUCUAAGCGACUCAAUCUUUGCCAGGCAGUCAAUUCUUCCUUAGCGACCGCACUGCGUUCAUCCAAAGACGUCCUUUGCUUCGGCGAGGAUGUUGCUUUUGGAGGAGUCUUCCGCUGCACAAGUGGGCUUCAAAGCGAGUUUGGACCCGAGCGCGUCUUCAAUACCCCUUUAACGGAGCAAGGAAUCGUCGGGGCCGCUAUUGGUGCGGCGGCGGAAGGACGAAAGCCAGUCGUUGAGAUCCAAUUUGCCGAUUAUGUCUUCCCUGCAUUUGAUCAAAUUGUCAAUGAAGCCAGCAAGUUCCGCUACCGAGAGGGUGCGACCGGAAGCAACCUUGGAGGAAUGGUCAUCAGAAUGCCAUGCGGAGGUGUCGGGCACGGUGCAUUGUACCAUACCCAAUCACCAGAAAGUCUGUUCUGCCACAUCCCAGGAUUCAAGGUCGUGAUGCCGCGGUCACCCUCUCAGGCAAAGGGUCUUCUUCUAUCUGCGAUUCUCGAAUCUAAAGACCCGGUCAUAUUUCUAGAGCCUAAGAUCCUCUAUCGCGCUGCUGUCGAAGAGGUCCCGGAGAGCUCGUACACGCUACCCCUGAGCAAAGCUGAAGUCCUGAAACAAGGCGCCAAUCUCACAAUCAUUUCAUAUGGCCGACCUCUCUAUACCUGCCAGGCUGCAAUUGAGGCUGCCGAAAAGGAUAUGCCGGGUGUCUCAAUCGAGUUGAUCGACUUGCGAACGAUGUAUCCCUGGGAUAGAGAAACUGUGAUUGAAAGUGUCAAGAAAACCGGUCGAGCUAUGAUAGUUCAUGAAAGUAUGGUUAAUUUUGGCGUUGGUGCAGAGGUUGCCUCGACAAUACAGGAGAAGGCAUUCUUUCAUCUUGAAGCUCCCAUUAAGCGGGUUGCUGGGUGGACCACCCACACUGGGCUAGCCUGGGAGAAGUAUAUUCUUCCUGAUGUUACCAGGGUUUACGAUGCCAUCCAUGAGACACUGGAAGCUUAG